AUGGAGAAUUUUGCACAAGACCUGCUUUUUGAUCAUUCACAAGACCUGCUUAACAUUCGCAUUUCGGGUCACGAAUUGCCGUUUCCUAAUCCAAGGAACCCCUUUGUUGAAGCGGGAGCCUCGGCCACUGACUUUGGUGAGAUUCCGCCUCUGCCGUUUAGUAACCCCUCUGCGUUUCCUGAUCCUGACAUGGGUGAGGUUCCACAUGCUCCGUUUCCUAAUCCCUUUGAUCAAGCGGGAGCCGCGUCCACUGACUCGCUCUGUUUAAAGAGCUGGGAGAAUGCAAUUGAUGGUGGCGUGGAUAAAUUGGAGGAAUCUUGUCGUUUUUUUCCACUAUCUACGAUAUUAAAAGCGACUAAUGACUUUGACGAUGCAUUAGUUGUUGGAAUUGGUGGAUUCGGUAAGGUAUACAAAGCAAUCAUCGACGAUGGCACCGUUGUUGCCAUAAAGCGGUUGAAUGCCGAGUCCAACCAAGGCGCUGAAGAAUUUUGGACAGAGGUAAAGUUGCUUUCAAAGCUCCGGCAUGCGCAUCUCGUUUCACUCGUCGGCUAUUGCAACGAGCAUCAAGAGAUGAUUCUUGUUUACGAAUACAUGGCUUAUGGGACUCUCGCCAGUCAUCUUUACAAAUCAAGUAGAGAAGGAAGCGGUAAAGGCCUAUCUCCCCUAACAUGGGCUCAAAGGCUAAACAUUUGCCUUGGUGCUGCACGAGGACUCGACUAUCUUCAUACCGGUACCAAACAACCUAUCAUACACCGAGAUGUGAAGACCACAAACAUAUUGUUGGACGAGAAUUGGGUAGCAAAGGUUUCUGAUUUUGGGAUAUGUAAACUCAUUACAAGCCAAACAACAACCCAUGUUAGCACAAAAGUCAAAGCAACAAGAGGAUAUUGGGAUCCAGAUUAUAUCUACACCAAUCGAGUAACCAGGAAAUCUGAUGUGUAUGCAUUUGGCGUGGUGCUGUUGGAAGUCUUGUGUGGUCGACCACCGUUAGAUCACAGACUCGAGGAGGAGCAAAUUAGUCUAAUUCUUUGGGUGAAAGAUCGUAUCGAAAACGGAAAGCUUGACCGGAUCAUUGAUCCCUCUCUGAAUGGAGAAAUAACACCACAAAGUCUUAAGUACUUUUCCAAACUUGCGAACAAUUGUUUACAUACUAAACCAAAGGAAAGGCCUACAAUGUCUGAAGUAGUGGAGAUCCUUCAGAAUGCAUUGGAGUUGCAUGAGCAUAAGGAAAGAUCAUGGAGAACAAUCACAAAGGCGUUUCAGGGUAUAAAACUUGUGCCUAUGGGUAUGAAUCGCUGGUGGAGAGAAGGGAACGGCAACGGUUCAAACGACGGUGGAGAACUGCCGAAGAAGUCUUUUCCGCAACCAAUUUUCGAUGACGUUACCCAUUCAGUUGACCCUCAUUUCUCGCUUGCUGAGAUUCAUGCUGGCACGAAUAAUUUCAACAAGAGUCUUUUGAAAGAAUAUAGUAAUGUUGAUGUCUUUACGUAUAAGGAGAUGAGGUUGGCAACAAUGCACUUCCAGCCUGCUAUAGUGCUUGGUGAGGGUGGUUUUGGGAUAGUGUAUAAAGGAGUUAUAGAUGAGAGUGUGAGGCCAGGUUACGAGACCACAAAUGUUGCUAUUAAGGUGCUUGCUCCUCAAGGGUUUCAAGGGGACAGAGAGUAGCUUGUGGAGGAAGGUGGUGGCUUUGAAGUAUGGGAGUGGCAGAGUGCACAAGGUGACUGGGCUGGCAAGAGGUCAUUGAUGUGUUACAGGUUGACCUUUAGAGAGAAAAUUAGGAAAUCUGGGAGGACUUUUUGAGUUUCCGUAGUUCUGUGGUGAGGGAUGGUAGGAAAGAUAAGUUUUGCUCUCAUGUGCGGUUUGGCGGUUUGGCAGAGUAAUAGGUCUGCUGCAAUAAGACAUGGGUGUGGUGUUUUGUGGGACAUAUGGCGACAAACGGAGGUGCAUAAAUAGGAGUUCUAUGAGUUGAGGGAUAUGGAGAGGCUUUGUCUUGUCUAGCUUUGAUUUCGGGUACAACGUACUGACAUGGAUAUUAGAUGUUUUUGGGGACAUUUUGAAUACUUUUUUGUUAACUAUCAAGGUUGAGUGGGUGGGUCUUUUUUUCUUCUUCCUUAGUCUGAAUUCUCAUGCUGGCUCAUGAAAAAUUCUCAUGUGCAACCAAGACGGGAAAACAGCAACACAGCUUCUAUGCAUUGUUGGACAGCUUGUGUAUAUUGGACAUCGGGACUUUCUUGGUUAGGUGUGGUGUUGAUGGUUCCAUCAGAGGCGAUGGAACUUCUCCAUUUGUUGGUAGGGGG